AGUGGGAGCCAAGGCCAGGUCGCCAGAGGGACUGUCCGCCGGCUGGAGGCUGUGUGCAGGACCCACGCCUCCCAGGCUGGCGAGCGGGCAGCGCCCCGGGGCUGCGCUCCCACGGGGCCGGCCCCUGCCCUGCCCUGCCCUGCCCCUAGCCCGCAGCGGCGCAAGUGGAACCGCAUCCCGCUCUUUCGUUUUCGUUUCCCGGAAGGAUAGCGAUUACCGGAGCGCCUCGCGCGCCUGCCCGCCUGCGGAGGACCCGGGCGCACACGCCUUGGCGCUUCUCGAAAGAGAUUUCCUCCCACGCGACCUUCCAGUUCUCGGAGCCAGGUUAGGGGUUUGGCGGAGGAGGACUCCGGGGCGCGGGCCUAGGUCCCCAGCAGCCACAGCCAGGGGAGCGCUCACGACAGAAAGCCGGUGGCUUCCUCACCUCCACCUGUAAUGCAGGAGGGAGAAUUGGCUAUUUCUCCUAUAAGCCCUGUGGCAGCCAUGCCUCCCCUAGGCACCCACGUGCAAGCCAGAUGUGAAGCUCAAAUUAACCUGCUGGGUGAAGGGGGGAUCUGCAAGCUGCCAGGAAGACUCCGCAUCCAGCCCGCACUGUGGAGCAGGGAGGACGUGCUGCACUGGCUGCGCUGGGCAGAGCAGGAGUACUCUCUGCCAUGCACCGCGGAGCACGGGUUCGAGAUGAACGGACGCGCCCUCUGCAUCCUCACCAAGGACGACUUCCGGCACCGUGCGCCCAGCUCAGGUGACGUCCUGUAUGAGCUGCUCCAGUACAUCAAGACCCAGCGGCGAGCCCUGGUGUGUGGGCCCUUUUUUGGAGGGGACUUCAGGCUGAAGACGCCCACCCAGCACUCUCCUGUCCCCCCGGAAGAGGUGACUGGCCCCUCUCAGAUGGACAUCCGAAGGGGCCACCUGCUGCAGCCACCAGACCCAGGGCUUACCAGCAACUUCGGCCACCUGGAUGACCCUGGCCUGGCAAGGUGGACCCCUGGCAAGGAGGAGUCCCUCAACUUAUGUCACUGUGCAGAGCUCGGCUGCGGGACCCAGGGGGUCUGUUCCUUCCCCGCGAUGCCGCAGGCCCCCAUUGAUGGCAGGAUCGCUGACUGCCGCCUGCUGUGGGAUUACGUGUAUCAGCUGCUCCUUGAUACCCGGUAUGAGCCCUACAUCAAGUGGGAAGACAAGGACGCCAAGAUCUUCCGAGUUGUGGAUCCAAAUGGGCUCGCCAGACUCUGGGGAAAUCACAAGAACCGGGUGAACAUGACCUACGAGAAGAUGUCUCGUGCCCUGCGCCACUAUUAUAAGCUUAAUAUCAUUAAGAAGGAACCGGGGCAGAAACUCCUCUUCAGAUUUCUAAAGACUCCGGGAAAGAUGGUCCAGGACAAGGACAGCCACCUGGAGCCGCUGGAGAGCCAGGAGCAGGACAGAAUAGAGUUCAAGGACAAGAGGCCAGAAAUCUCUCCGUGAGGGGCAGGUGGACUCCAGGCACCCGGUACCGAUGGGGCAGGGACCGAGUCUCCUAUGAAGGCAGCCUCCUCCUCCCAGCAGAGCAGCAGGAUCCCCAGCCAGACUCUGUACCCACAGGAUUACAGCCAUUGCUUGGGAAGGCUGGGAGGCCUCCCAUCCAGGACACUGGGGGCAGGAGUGUCAUCUUUUGGGCAGGGCAAUCCUGGGGCUAAAUGAGGUACAGGGGAAUGGACUCUCCCCUGCUGCACCCCUGGGAGAGGAAGCCAGGCACCGAUAGAGCACCCAGCCCCACCCUGUAAAUGGAAUUUACCAGAUGAAGGGAAUGAAGUCCCUCACUGAGCCUCAGAUUUCCUCACCUGUGAAAGGGGCUGAGGCAAGAAAUGGGAAAAAGUGUUAGUGCUUCCAGGCGGCACUGACAGCCUCAGUAACAAUAAAAACAAUGGUAGCUGAUGUUUCUUUUAUUUUUUUGAGACAGUCUUGCUCUGUCACCCAGGCUGGAGUGCAGUGGCACGAUCUCGGCUCACUGCAACUUCCGCGUCCUGGGUUCAAGAGAUUCUCGUGCCUCAGCCUCCGGAGUAGCUGGGAUUACAGCUGCCCACCACCACGCCCGGCUAAUUUUUGUAUUUUUGGUAGAGACACAGGGUUUCACCAUGUUGGCCAGGCUGGUCUUGAACUUGCGACCUCAGGUGAUCCUCUUGCCUCAGUUUCCCAAAGUGCUGGGAUUACAGGCGUGAGCCACUGCGUCCAGCUGAUGUUUCUUAAGUGUUUACUAUGUGCCAGGCCUUGUGCUAAGGGCCUUAUGGAUAUCUUAUCUCAUUUAAUUCACUCGGCACUCAGGCGUGAAGAUGAGGACACUGAGGGAGAGGCUUGUGGAGCUGGCCCGCCUCUCCGGAACCCAGGGCUUCGACCUGUUUUCUUUCAGCACCUCUGACUGUAUGUGGACGCUUCUUAGCCAGGCCCCGGCCCCACCUCUCUGCUCUUGGCAUCUUCACUGAAUAGUCCAUUUCACUUGGCCCAGCCCCCUCAUCCUCAGUUUUCAGUGACUACGACCCAGUGAAGACUGGCCCCCGUCCCCACACCUGUGGCUUCCUAUGCUCCUGUCCCUGUAUCUGCUGUGGGACUUUGGGCAAGGUGUUCCGCCUCUCCGGGGCCUCAGGUUUCUUGUCUGCAAAAUGGGGCUCCUUCUCCUGACCUGACCUCCGGGGUUGUCGGAAAGCUUCCAUAAGGCAAUACUAGUGAAAUGCUUAACGUUUGCCUGCUCUGUGGGGCGUGCUUCACCUGUGUUAGCUGAGAAGGCUUUGCAAACCAGAAGCUGCUCUGAAGCAUGAAAACACCUCGGUCCAAUGGGCCAGCUUCUCCCUCUGUGCCCUAGCCCCAAGUACUGAUUGGGGCCUCCUGAGGGCCAGAGCCUCUGCCCUUGCAAGCCGUCAGGUAAAGCUCAGGUAGAAGGAGAAGGGAGUAUUUUCAUUUAACCAAGAAUAGAACUCCUCGGAUUCGUAUCUUCUUUCUCAGAAAGAGGAAACUACCUCAGCCUCUUGCCCCCAGCCGGUCAGGAAAUCCCCGUCUCUGCUGGCGCCUGCACUGGCCUUGAGUCACUGCAGAGAAGUCCUUGAUAAGGACUCUUGGACUUUGGGGCUCAAAGCUGUGAUAGCCCAUGAGCAGGGAAACUCCAGGCUUAGUCCUAUCUGGGACCCAUGAUAGUACUCACCGGCAGGGGGGCAGGCGGGUGGCUUUGGAAAAAGGAUCGAUGGGAAAAUGCUUUGCCCCUUUCACUUUCCCUCUGAGACUGUUCCAGCUCCUUGACUUUGCUCUGCGAUGAGCCCAUGCCCCAUGGCGUCUCUUAUUGAGAGGUGGCAGCGUGCUGGCAGUCCUCACAGCCCUCGCUCGCUCUCGGCGCCUCCUCUGCCUGGGCUCCCACUUUGGCGGCACUUGAGGAGCCCUUCAGCCCACCGCUGCACUGUGGGAUCCCCUUUCUGGGCUGGCCAAGGCCAGAGCCGGCUCCCUCAGCUUGCAGGAAGGUGUGGAGGGAGAGGCACGAGCGGGAACUGGGGCUGUGCGUGGCGCUUACGGGCCAGCUGAAGUUCCGGGUGAGCGUGGGCUUGGCGGGUCCCGCACUCGGAGCAGCCGGCCGGCCCUGCUAGCCCCGGGCAAUGAGGGACUUAGCACCCGGGCCAGCGGCUGCGGAGGGUGUACUGGGUCCCCCAGCAGUGCCAGCCCACUGGCGCUGCGCUCGAUUUCUCACCGGGCCUUAGCUGCCUUCCUGCGGGGCAGGGCUGGGGACCUGCAGCCUGCCAUGCCUGAGCCUCCCACCCCCUCCAUGGGCUCCUGUGCGGCCCGAGCCUCCCCGACGAGCGCCACCCCCUGCUCCACGGCGCCCAGUCCCAUCCACCACGCAAGGGCUGAGGAGUGCGGGCGCACGGCGCCGGACUGGCAGGCAGCUCCACCUGCAGCCCCAGUGCGGGAUCCACUGGGUGAAGCCAGCUGGGCUCCUGAGUCUGGUGGGGAGGUGGAAAACCUUUAUGUCUAGUUCAGGGAUUGUAAAUACACCAAUCGGCACUCUGUAUCUAGCUCAAGGUUUGUAAAUACACCAAUCAGCACCCUGUGUCUAGUUCAGGGAUUGUAAAUACACCAAUCGGCACUCUGUAUCUAGCUCAAGGUUUGUAAAUACACCAAUCAGCACCCUGUGUCUAGCUCAGGGUUUGUGAAUGCACCAAUCCACACUCUGUAUCUAGCUACUCUGGUGGGGCCUUGGAGAACCUUUAUGUCUAGCUCAGGGAUUGUAAAUACACCAAUCGGCACUCUGUAUCUAGCUCAAGGUUUGUAAAUACACCAAUCAGCACCCUGUGUCUAGCUCAGGGUUUGUAAAUGCACCAAUCAACCCUCUGUAUCUAGCUACUCUGGUGGGGCCUUGGAGAACCUUUGUGUCCACACUGUAUCUAGCUAAUCUGGUGGGGACGUGGAGAACCUUUGUGUCUAGCUCAGGGAUUGUAAAUGCACCGAUCAGCCCCCUGUCAAAACAGACCACUCUGGGCUCUACCAAUCAGCAGGAUGUGGGUGGGGCCAGAUAAGAGAAUAAAAGCAGGCUGCCGAGCCAGCAGUGGCAACCCACUCUGGUCCUCUUCCACACUAUGGAAGCUUUGUUCUUGCGCUGUUUGCAAUAAAUCUUGCUACUGCUCACUC